CCAGGAGGGCCACUGAUCUGUGCAUGUGCUUUCUUCUGCGUGAGUAUGGCGACAAAGAGAAAGAAGGUCGUUGGAUCCAUGGAGCAGAAACCUGGACAAAGGAGAGACAAGGCAGAAGGUAGCCAACAACUAUGGUGUCGAACGGGUAGCAGUAGGAGAAUGGAAAUGGAAUCGAUUGCAGAUAGAAAAAUGGUGUUCUCCAAAGUUACCGAUGGUGUGCUGAAAGAGAGGAAAACAAUGAAAAAUGUGACUAUGAAAAAGUUAUUGAAGCUUUGUAUGUUUGGUUUACGCAGCUGAGAGACAAAGGUGUGUGUAUUUCAGGGCCUAUUUUACAGCAAAAGGUAUUGCGUUUUCAAAAAGAAUUUAAUGAAGGGGAAUCAGAUUUUACAGCAAGCAUUGGCUCGACUGGUGGAAGAAACGUUAUGGAAUCCAUCAGUUAAGUGUUUGUGGUGAGAAGCUGUCAUCAAAUUUUCAAGAAAUAGAGGCAUUCAAGAAAGAAAUUCAAGGGGAAAAAAAAUUCAAGACUUUGUUGAAACUGAAAGCCUAACGGGUGAUCAGAUGUUUGAUUGUGACGAGACCAGCCUCAAUUGCAAAAUUUUACCGAGCAGGAGUCUUGCAGCCAGAACUGAAGCAGCAGCCCCUGGCUAAAAGCACAGCAAAGAAAGGCUGACAAUGUUAGCAUGCAGCAGUGCUACAGCAAACCACAAAAUGGACCUCGCAAUGAUUGGGAAGCCCAAAAAUCCAAGAGCCUUUAAAACAGUUUCAAAAAAUGCUCUUCCUGUUAAAUACUACAAUCAAAAAGGUUUGUUGAUGACCAGUGAAAUGUUCAAAAGACUAUUAUUAUUAUAAUAACUAUAUUCCAUCCUAUCUCCCCAAGGGGACUCAGGGCGGAUCACAAUACACAUACACGGCAACCAUUCAAUGCUGUUUGGAGACAGGACAGAACAGAAUAAGACAAACAGAAGGAGGUACGUAGUCUUGAAGUCCAGGUUUUUGGUGCCUUGGAGGCUGAUGUUCUGCUCAGAUUCAGUCACAGGGGUGCUGUUGCUUCAUUCUCUGUGACAAAGAGCCAUCAGAACUUCCUCCUUCCACCUUCCUCUUGGUCACCGCAUUUCUGGUCUUGUUCUUUAUGGUGUUUUAAAAUACCUCCCCCACAAUUUGCGUUACCUCAUUUCUCUAUUUACAGCUUGUAAACUGUUUUCGAACUGCUUAGGUAAACAGUGAGCUGGGUUGGAGGUCGAGCGCUCACCCCCGACCGGGCUUCAAACUGGCCACCUUUCGGUUGGUGGAUCUUAUUACUGCUGUUGAUUUACCAGUUGUGCUACAGCCCAGCCCUAAGGAAUUUGUUCCUUCCACGGAGGAAUUUUUGAAGGAAAUUUACCUGCCCAGGAAAGCGGUUUUGUUGCUAGACAAUGCCCCAACACACCCUGAUGCAGAGGAGCUUCAAGAGGGGGACAUGAAGGCGAUGUUUCUGCCACCGAAUGUAACCGUCAUAUGCCAACCGAUGGAUCAGGGCGUUUUGGAAGAGCUCAAAAGGAACUAUUGCAGGAAGCUAUUCUCGGCAAGGAUAGAAGAAAUGGAAUAAGUUGAUCUCGCAAAGAUGGCGAGACUUGGCAGCGGAGAAAUGGCAAUCGCUGGAAAAGCAGUAGAUAACGGGGAGAAGAGCCAUGUAUGCACCAAGUACAGGAAGCAUUUGGGACACAACUGGGCCUUUCGUCGAGACCAGCAAGCCCACAGAGAAGAUGGAAGUUCUGCCAGAGAAAGGCCCGACAAAUGCAAUGUAUGUGGGCAGUGUUUUACCCAAAAUAUGGCACUUGUGCUUCACAAGACACUCGAUGUUGGGAAAAGCCAUCUUAAAGGGAAAGUAUCUGCAAAAUGUGUGGUGAAACACAAGAAAUUUCACACAGGUCAGGAACAAUACAGAUGCCAAGAGUGUGGGAAGUGUUUUGCUUCCAGUUCAGCCUUGGUGAGGCUCAAAAGACUCCACACAGGAGAGAAGCCAUACCAGUGCCAGGAGUGUGGGAAAUGUUUUGCUGAAAGUUCAGCCUUGUUGAGCCACAAAAGAGUCCACACCAGGGAGAAGCCAUACAAAUGCCAGGAGUGUGGGAAAUGUUUUGCUUUCAGUUCAGCCUUGGUGAGGCACAAAAGACUCCACACAGGAGAGAAGCCACACCAAUGUCAGGAGUGUGGGAAAUGUUUUGCUGAAAGUUCAGCCUUGGUGAGGCUCAAAAGACUCCACACAGGAGAGAAGCCACACCAAUGUCAGGAGUGUGGGAAAUGUUUUGCUUCCAGUUCAGCCUUGGUGAGGCUCAAAAGACUCCACACAGGAGAGAAGCCACACCAAUGUCAGGAGUGUGGGAAAUGUUUUGCUGAAAGUUCAGCCUUGUUGAGCCACAAAAGAGUCCACACCAGGGAGAAGCCAUACAAAUGCCAGGAGUGUGGGAAAUGUUUUGCUUUCAGUUCAGCCUUGGUGAGGCACAAAAGAGUCCACACCAGGGAGAAGCCAUACAAAUGCCAGGAGUGUGGGAAAUGUUUUGCUUUCAGUUCAGCCUUGGUGAGGCACAAAAGACUCCACACAGGAGAGAAGCCAUACCAGUGCCAAGAGUGUGGGAAAUGUUUUGCUUUCAGCUCAAACUUGGCGAGCCACAAAAGACUCCACACAGGAGAGAAGCCAUACAAAUGCCAGGAGUGUGGGAAAUGUUUUACUGCCAGUUCAGACUUGGUGAAACACAAAAGACUCCACACAGGAGAGAAGCCAUACCAAUGCCAGGAGUGUGGGAAAUGUUUUGCUGACAGUUCAAACUUGAUGAACCACAAAAGACUCCACACAGGAGAGAAGCCAUACAAAUGCCAGGAGUGUGGAAAAUGUUUUGCUGACAGUUCAAACUUGGUGAAACACAAAAGACUCCACACAGGAGAGAAGCCAUACAAAUGCCAGGAGUGUGGAAAAUGUUUUGCUGACAGUUCAGACUUGGUGAAACACAAAAGACUCCACACAGGAGAGAAGCCAUACCAAUGCCAGGAGUGUGGAAAAUGUUUUGCUGACAGUUCAGACUUGGUGAAACACAAAAGACUCCACACAGGAGAGAAGCCAUACCAAUGCCAGGAGUGUGGGAAAUGUUUUGCUGACAGUUCAGACUUGGUGAAACACAAAAGACUCCACACAGGAGAGAAGCCAUACAAAUGCCAGGAGUGUGGAAAAUGUUUUGCUGACAGUUCAGACUUGAUGAACCACAAAAGACUCCACACAGGAGAGAAGCCAUACAAAUGCCAGGAGUGUGGAAAAUGUUUUGCUGACAGUUCAGACUUGGUGAAACACAAAAGACUCCACACAGGAGAGAAGCCAUACCAAUGCCAGGAGUGUGGGAAAUGUUUUACUGCCAGUUCAGACUUGGUGAAACACAAAAGAGUCCACACAGGAGAGAAGCCAUAUAAAUGCCAUGAAUGUGGAAAAUGUUUUACUCAGAAUUCAUCCCUUGACCGGCACCAGAGAAUACAUACUGGAGAGAAGCCAUACCAAUGCCAGGAGUGUGGGAAAUGUUUUAUUUGCAGUUCAACCUUGGUGAGCCACAAAAGACUCCACACAGGAGAGAAGCCAUACCAAUGCCAGGAGUGUGGGAAAUGUUUUACUUGCAGUUCAACCUUGGUGAGCCACAAAAGACUCCACACAGGAGAGAAGCCACACCAAUGUCAGGAGUGUGGGAAAUGUUUUGCUGAAAGUUCAGCCUUGUUGAGCCACAAAAGAGUCCACACCAGGGAGAAGCCAUACAAAUGUGAGGAGUGUGGGAAAUGUUCUGUUUCCCAUUCAGACUUGUUGAAGCACAAAAGACUCCAUACAGGAGAGAAGCCAUACAAAUGCCAGGAGUGUGGGAAAUGUUUUGCUGAAAGUUCAGCCUUGGUGAGGCACAAAAGAGUCCACACAGGAGAGAAGCCAUACCAAUGCCAGGAGUGUGGGACAUGUUUUACUUGCAGUUCAACCUUGGUGAGGCACAAAAGACUCCACACAGGAGAGAAGCCAUACCAAUGCCAGGAGUGUGGGAAAUGUUUUGCUUACAGUUCAAACUUGUUGAGCCACAAAAGACUCCACACAGGAGAGAAGCCAUACCAAUGCCAGGAGUGUGGGAAAUGUUUUGCUUUCAGUUCACACUUGGUGAGCCACAAAAGACUCCACACAGGAGAGAAGCCAUACCUAUGCCAGGAGUGUGGGAAAUGUUUUGCUGUCAGUUCACACUUGGCGAGGCACAAAAGAAGCCACACAGGAGAGAAGCCAUAUAAAUGCCAUGAAUGUGGAAAAUGUUUUACUCAGAGUUCAGCCCUUAACCAGCACCAGAGAACACAUACCGGAGAGAAGCCACACCAAUGUCAGGAGUGUGGGAAAUGUUUUGCUGAAAGUUCAGCCUUGUUGAGCCACAAAAGAGUCCACACCAGGGAGAAGCCAUACAAAUGCCAGGAGUGUGGGAAAUGUUUUGCUUUCAGUUCAGCCUUGGUGAGGCACAAAAGAGUCCACACCAGGGAGAAGCCAUACAAAUGCCAGGAGUGUGGGAAAUGUUUUGCUUUCAGUUCAGCCUUGGUGAGGCACAAAAGACUCCACACAGGAGAGAAGCCAUACCAGUGCCAAGAGUGUGGGAAAUGUUUUGCUUUCAGCUCAAACUUGGCGAGCCACAAAAGACUCCACACAGGAGAGAAGCCAUACAAAUGCCAGGAGUGUGGGAAAUGUUUUGCUUUCAGUUCAGCCUUGGUGAGGCACAAAAGAGUCCACACCAGGGAGAAGCCAUACAAAUGCCAGGAGUGUGGGAAAUGUUUUGCUUUCAGUUCAGCCUUGGUGAGGCACAAAAGACUCCACACAGGAGAGAAGCCAUACCAGUGCCAAGAGUGUGGGAAAUGUUUUGCUUUCAGCUCAAACUUGGCGAGCCACAAAAGACUCCACACAGGAGAGAAGCCAUACAAAUGCCAGGAGUGUGGGAAAUGUUUUACUGCCAGUUCAGACUUGGUGAAACACAAAAGACUCCACACAGGAGAGAAGCCAUACCAAUGCCAGGAGUGUGGGAAAUGUUUUACUGCCAGUUCAGACUUGGUGAAACACAAAAGAAGCCACACAGGAGAGAAGCCAUAUAAAUGCCAUGAAUGUGGAAAAUGUUUUACUCAGAGUUCAUCCCUUGACCGGCACCAGAGAAUACAUACUGGCUAAAAAACA